GUAAUCCUCUUACUUUCUCUCCCUGCAGGGGAGGGCUGCAAAGCUCUCGCUCAUUGCGUCGCACACUUUCCUCCUCUCAGUGUGCGCGUGUGUGUGCGUGUCUGUGUGUGUCUCAAUGUGUACGUGCCGACCGCGUGGAGUGAGCAGAACACCAGUGUCCGGCCGAAGUCCUUGCUAUGACUCGACCCGCCGAGCAGAUCCUUCACACGGUGUGGAUUUUGCUGUGUGGGGCGCAGCUGACUGCAGGUCUCAAAUGCGUGUGCCAGCUGUGCGACAGCCAAGUGUGCGAGACGUCAGGCGACGGCGCCUGCUGGAACUCUGUGAUGCUGGUGGACGGCCGAGAGGAGACCCUCAAGUCGUGUCUGUCGCCGUCCCAGAUGAGAGGUCAGGUCUUCUGCUAUAGCUCCCCCAACGUCUCCAAGAGGAACUGCUGCUUCAGCGACUUCUGUAACAACGAGACGUUGCGCUUAGAGCCCGAGAGGCCUUUGGAAAGCGGCGACAGCAGCCGGCUGCAGUUGGUCGCUGUGAUCGUGGUGCCCUCUUGCCUGCUGUGCGUUGGCGUCGCGCUGGGAGCGUUGCUGGUGCAGCGCCAGCGCUGCGUCUACGGCCGGGCGCGCAAACACGAGCCGGAGGAAGCCCUUGAUGAACACAUGCUCAUGUCUCCCGACAAAUGUCUCAAAGAGCUCAUCUACGACAUGAGCACCUCCGGUUCGGGAUCGGGGCUUCCGCUGCUGGUGCAGCGAACGAUAGCCCGGACCAUCGUUCUUCAGGAGAGCAUCGGGAAAGGCCGCUUCGGUGAGGUUUGGAGAGGAAAGUGGCGAGGGGAAGACGUGGCUGUCAAGAUCUUCUCCUCAAGGGACGAGAGGUCCUGGUUCCGCGAGGCCGAGAUUUAUCAGACAGUCAUGCUCAGACAUGACAACAUCCUGGGCUUCAUUGCGGCUGACAACAAAGAUAACGGCUCGUGGACACAACUGUGGUUGGUGUCGGACUACCAUGAGCACGGCUCGUUGUUCGAUUACCUCAACCGGUACACCGUGUCGGUGGAGAGCAUGGUAGUCAUCGCUCUGUCUGUAGCUGGCGGCCUGGCUCAUCUCCACAUGGAAAUCGUUGGCACACAGGGGAAGCCAGCCAUCGCGCACAGAGACCUGAAGUCGAAGAACGUCUUGGUGAAGAAGAACGGCACGGCGGUCAUCGGCGAUUUGGGCUUGGCCGUAAAACACGACUCUGGCACCAACCAUCGAGUGGGAACCAAGAGGUACAUGUCCCCUGAAAUCUUGGACGAAAGCAUCAAUAUGAGCAACUUUGAGUCGUUCAAGCGGGCUGAUAUCUACGCGUUGGGUCUUGUGUUUUGGGAACUGGCCAGGAGAUGUUCAGUCAGAGGACUUCACGAGGAUUUCCAGCUGCCUUACUAUGACUUGGUGCCUUCAGAUCCGUCUGUGGACGACAUGAGGAAGGUGGUGUGCGAGCAAAAACUGCGACCAAACAUUCCAAAUCAGUGGCAGAGUUGUGAGGCUCUGCGCGUGAUGGGCAAGCUAAUGAGGGAGUGCUGGUACGCCAACCCCGCCGCCCGCCUCACCGCCCUGCGCGUCAAGAAGACCGCCGCCCAGCUGUCGACCAUCAGAGACGUCAAAGAGUAGAAUCAUUUCUCAGCGCCGCGACGACUUAGCCAUGCUUGACCGGGACCACCCUAGAAAGGUACCGUCCCGAGCCCACGUUUUUCAGAAUACAACCCAAGAGAGGUUGCUAUCGGUGCCAAAGGAUAGAAUGAGAUGCCUGUGGCAUCUUAGCAACACUGUUGUGGAGAUUAGAAUCAAACAGGUAGAAUAGAAACAUGACAAUGUAUAAACCUUUGCUACCUCGCGUAUUGAAGUGCCGGACGAUUGCUCCCAGUCGCCUUGUUGUGCCAACACGGUCUUGUAGCCAACGCGGUGUUGUAAAAGGUUAGUGUGCUACUCGCCAAGACAGCCAUACUUCCUUUUAAAUGGCACACCUCGGACAAUGUGUAUGUUUUUCGCUAAGGAUCUGUCAUGAGAGGUGUGUUAUAUUUUGCACCCCAAGUCAACAGGGGUCAGCAGUGAUCCAGCGCCCCUAGUUUUUACUUAAUACUACUGUCCGUAAGAGUUGAACCUCUAAUAGUCGAACACUAUAUUUUUCACAGCUCAGAACAACAUCCAAUUUGUUUAAAAAAAAAAAAAGAUCCAGCUGAUAAAGAUUUAAAUCUACCUCAUUAAAC